AUGGAAGAGGAGUUCCGAAAACACUAUCAAAUGUAAAAAUGUCUGGGUCUGGAAGGGUUGCAACUUGUGAUGCAAACGCUGGAGCACGCAAAAACUUGUGUUGCAUGAGCGCCAAAAGCUGUCCAUUUCUUGGCACGCAAGUAGGACAUUUCUCAUGCGGGACAGGCAUCAUGAGGCGUGCUCAAAACCUGUGAUGCUUUUGCCUGCAUCAGAAGCCAUUUGCGUGAUCCGAAAUAUGCAUGACAAGUCUCGCAAUCUUCCAGACCCAGACAUUUUUACAGUCGAUAAACACGGACAGAGACCCAUUUUAAUCGGGCGCCUGUGGAAGCAGGAGUUCUGGGUCGGGCGGCAAACUCACCGCCAGGUGCUGGGGCGCAGCGUGAUGUAUGAAGUAUCCUGUGCAAAAGUAUCGUAAUUGCAGUCAUGCAUUACAAAUUUUUUCCCCAAGGUAAAUCCGCAUGACAAAUUUGAUUUCUCAUGCUGAGGAAAUUUGUAAUGCAUUUACUUAAAUACGAGUGCUGUGCGAUACUUGUGCAUUGCAUAUGAAGCGUUUGGCACCCACGAGGACAAUCCGCGGCUGUUUUUCCCCGGGUAUCCUAUGUAAAAACGUCCCCACGACCCACCCAGAGUUGUCAUGCAAAUGCGCAAUGACAGGAAUCGAUUUGUGAUGCGCAGCUCCAUAAAAGGCAUAGUUGGAAGUCGUGUUUUGGAAUUUGUGAUGCUGUAACCUGUAUGAAAAAAUGGCUUUCUCAUGCGGCUUUCCUUGCUAAAAACCAGCACAACACUGCAGAGGCAAACUUGUCAUGCGCAACUCCCAAAGCUUGGAGAUUUGUGUAGCAGAUUUCCCAUCUUGAGGACUCUGGGGUGGGGAUGUUUUUACUCGGGAUGCCGGCGAGUCGGCGCCGAUCUCCCUGCAAGAUCUGAUCCGGGAGGAAUUAUACGAAGCGCAGCACUAUGCGCUGCAAAUAGGUAUCGUACUAGUAUAAAUCGCAUGACAAAUUUUCUCAGCAUGAGAAAUGAAAUCUGUAGUGCGGAUUUAACUUGGCAUAAAAUUUUGUAAUGCAUGAAUGCGAUUUCAGUACAAGCACGAUAAUGUUGCAGUGCAUAAGCACGGCAUGCUGGCCAGGGCGGUGCGCCCGUUCCAGGAGGUUAUGGCGUUCUCAAACGUUACAUUCUCAACUGUUACAUGAACUUGUAAUGCAAGAACAGCAACAGUGAAAGUGACAAUAUUGCAGCUUUCGCAUCACAGAUUUUCCACAGAUCAGCAUGCUGCUUAGCCCUUCGAAAAUUUGUCAUGCUAAGCACCUUGAUCAAGUGAAGGCUGAUGGCAAUUUUGCAUGACAAAUCCGUGUAACAGUUGAGAAUGUAACAGUUGAGAACGCCAUAGAGGUGGUGCGGUUGUUGGACCUGGAUAUGACAGUGCACAACUCGUCCCCCUCCCCCUCAUUUGUAUUGCAUGAACAGCAACACAAGCGCCAGCGACCCUGGAGCCUGUGCAUGACAAAUUUAUGUUCACCCUGCUGUAGUACUGUUUUGUCUGUUGGGCUUAGGCUCCUUUCGAAAUUUGUCAUGCAAACAGUGCCACAGGUGGGCAGCGACUGGCUUUGGGAUUUUGCAUGACAAGUGAGGGGGACCACGGGGACGAGUUGUGCACUCUCAUACUGGACUGGGCCAAGCAGGUCCGGUACCUGGAGGGUCAGGCCGUGUUGGAGGUCUUCAAGAACAUGCCCGGAGGUGGUCGCGUUGAGGAUAUCGCAAAAAAAAACUGUCUCACUGUGAACUUGUGAUGCAGAAAAUGCAACACAGAACGACUUGUCUUGCUACACCUACAAGGUAUUGGAUUUUCAAGCGCGUUUUCCCUUGGGAAGCGCGUAUGACAAAUUUUCAGUGUCAUGUGUAAACAAACUUGUGAUGCGGAUCUUGCAAAAUCAUCACAGUGAAGCAAUUUUUUCGUGGGAUAGACGAGGACGCAGAGGAAAUAAACAAGGCAGCAGGAGAAGUAAACGAGGAGGACGACGACGAGGAGGGUGGUCGCUUGUUUGAGGAAGAGAAAGGCCGCAAGGAAGAUGUUGAUGAACAUCAAGCGCGACGAGGAGGAGGACGAGGACCCCCAAAAUUAGACGACCGAAGCUUCACAAAGCGCUACCUCUACGAUCAGCACCAAGACUACAAAUAUUGGCAUACAAUUCCUGAACAUGAGGAGAAUCUUCUGGGCCAGCAGCUCGGGCUGACAGACGACGUAUCAAACACAAAAAUGUCUGGGUCUGGAAGGAUGCGAACUUGUGAUGCAUACUUGGAUCACAGAAAAAUCUGUCAUGCUCAGACAGCAAAGGAAGCUCCUUUUCCUGUCGCCGAAAGAAGGCGUUUGUCAUGCGGAUUAAGCAUGGGGAAACCGCCUCAAAACCUGUGAUGCUAGGCCUUGCAUGGCACACCUUCCGUGUCAAGCAGACACAGCAUCACAAACCUCAGCAAGCUUCCAGACCCAGGCACUUUUGCAUUUGAUACUACGCGAUCCGAGACGAAUUCCGACGGGAAGCUGCUUUAGUGGAUCUGUAUUUGGACCUGCUAUUGUGAGGAAAAAUCCCCCCUCCCCAUACCAAAGCGGGAUACUUCUGAAAAUUUGUGAUGCUGAUUUGAGGCCACAAAUCGUUUCUGUAUUGCAAGCAGGCAAAUCCAAAAACUAAAACGUGUCCGCGUUCUGCAGGUAUUAAUUUGUCAUGCUCUGUAUGGCCUAUGGAGGACAUGCCUGCCUUGCUAGGCGCCUACACCAAAACCCACCUCCUACUCCCGCUUUGUACUUGCCUGCACUCCUCUACUGCAAGACAAAGCCGAUUUGUGUACAGAAUUCCCGCGCCACAGAUUUCCAUUUCGAUAUGUGGAGGGGGGAUUUUUCUUUUUGGUACCUGCGAAAAGAAAACCAGAACAAGAAGGGAGGUGAUUCCAGCACCGCCACUUCCGCGCUGCAGGAGAAGAAAGCGCGGGUGGAUCGAAAAAUUACCCAAGCUGCGUUGGCGCUGCUGUUUGUACGCGGAAUGCGGAUCCACUUUGC